AGUCCAGCAGUCAGUUUGGAUUUAUCCAUCUCGAAAUUCGGUAGUGUUUGAGCUUCGCGACGCGACGCGUUCCCCGUUUUCUUCUGUUAAGGAUUUCUACUCGGAGGAUCCGGACCCCAGCAGGAGCUAGUAACCAGCCCAGAAAGGAGCAAAGCAGCCCCCAUCCAUUUUUCCAACACAUCAUUGCAUAGCAAAUCGAAGGGAUUCACAGUUUAAAAUGGCAGCCGCUCUGAGCAUGUGCAAAGCACCCGAGUCGUACGACGAUUACACAUUCUCCCUUCCCGACAAGUACAAGCUGGUGGCACAGGACGAGCUCCGCGAGGAGGACGACAUUCGGGAGAACGCUUUGAAACAGUUCCGCGAGUGGAUCGCCAAACAUCCGCUGAUCAAGAAAUGCCGCACCGAUGCUCCGUUCCUGCUGCGGUUCCUCCGAACGAAGAAAUUCUCCAUCCCGGCAGCGACCGAAAUGCUGGAAAAGUACCUAUCCAUUCGUCAGAUCUAUCCCAACUGGUUCCACAAGCUGGACAUCAACGAUGCGGAACUGGAAGCGAUCAUCGACACCGGGUACUUGUUCGCAUUGCCCGAACGCGAUGAAUAUGGCCGUAAAAUUGUUUUCUCGAGUGCGGGAAAAUUCGACACAAGUCGAUUCACGGCUGCUCAACUGAUCCGUAUCCAUUCGCUCGUAGUCGAAGCAUUGCUCGACGAAGAGGAAUCCCAAAUAGCCGGUUACGUUCACGUGAUCGAUGAUUCCGAUCUGUCAAUGGGAUUCCUCGGGAUCUGGUCUUUCGCUGACAUCAAGAAUCUAGCUCACUGCGUCCAAAACUCAUUACCGAUGCGUCAAAAGGAGAACCACUUCGUCAACCUGCCUACGUUCGCCAACAAGUUGUCUGAAUUCAUUUUGUCCGUGCUGAGCGAUAAACUGAAGAAUCGUGUAUUCGUGCACAAAAACAUGGACGAACUGAAAACCAAGGUCAACCCGAAACUACUGCCCCAAGAGUAUGGCGGUACCGUUCCCAUGGCCGAUUGUAUCGCCCAGUUCAAGUCCUUCCUCAAGUCCAAGCGUGACCAAUUGGUUGCUCUCGAUGAAAUGCAGAUCGAAAUCAACAAGAACUCGCCGUACUGGGCUGACAGUACCGAUGCUGACAUUGCCGCCGGAGUGAUCGGUAGCUUCCGAAAGCUGGAGGUUGACUAGGUUGAAUUUGACUGUAGACAGACUGAGAAGCUCAAUUUUCGAUUCCAUUCUCUUAUUCCUAAAUACCUAUUAAACUUUUUGUUUUUAAUAUUACAUAAUUUAUCGAGUAAACUUGAAGUGUAUCGGUAACUUAUCACUUUUUAUUCUAAUAGAACAAUGUUAAAUGCGAAAGAAAGGGAUGAUUUCAUCUUUAAACACUUCUCUUUCCCCAAACAGGUGGAACCAAGUUACCAAAAGUCUAAUAUCAAGAAUCGUGCUAAAUGUUCAGAUUGUUAGAAUUGGCGCUAACCCAACUAUCAGUUAACAAUUAUAUAGAUAAUCGCUUUAUUCAAGUUUGUGCGAAUGUAAUUUCUGUGAUGAAGGUGUGGAAACUAGCGCGUAUAAAGAAAUACAAAGAUCCUAAUCCUUAAAUUAUUUCCCCCAGAACUAUAUUACUUUACCUGAUAAGCCUUAGCUUGAAAUGAUCCCUGUCCAAUGAUAUCAAAGUUUUUAUGUAUGUCAAAUUGUAUCCUCGUCAUUUUAAUUGAAAAUAAAAUUUU